AUGGCAAGCUUGGAAACUCCUAAGCAAGAAGUUCAUAUCAAAAUCGAUGAUUCAAUACCGAGCACUAAAGAGAUCAACACUGACCUCGAUGAUGCUAAGCCCAUUGUUCUGAUGUCUGUUUUGAGUAGUCUCCACGCGGGCUAUUUCAGAAUAAGCCUCUCUCUCUGCAGCCAAGCUCUGCUGUGGAAGAUAAUGAUCGCACCUGAUUCAUCGAGCAUGUCCCAUAUGCAUAGCAAUCUCCCAUCUAUGGCGUUCCAUCUCCUGUGGUACCUAGCACUUGCAACACAAGCAUCACUCUGUUUCUUGUAUGCGUUGAAGUGUUAUUUCUUCUUCGACAUGGUGAAGGAAGAGUUCUCGCAUUUCAUUGGAGUGAACUAUCUUUACGCUCCAUCCAUCUCAUGGCUUAUCUUGCUUCAAUCAGCUCCGAAGUUGGAGCCACAAAGCGUUCUGUAUCAAGCACUGUUCUCGGUGUUCGCUAUCCCAGUCUUGACUCUCGACACAAAGCUCUACGGCCAGUGGUUCACAACAGAGAAAAGGUUCUUGUCGAUGAUGGCAAACCCGGCAAGCCAAGUGUCAGUAAUCGCAAACCUAGUCGCUGCACGGGGAGCAGCAGAGAUGGGUUGGAGAGAGUGUGCUCUGUGCUUGUUCUCUCUCGGGAUGGUUCACUAUUUGGUUAUCUUCGUCACACUCUAUCAACGCUUACCAGGCGGAAACAACUUCCCAACGAAGCUGAGACCGGUUUUCUUCUUGUUCUUCGCUGCACCAGCCAUGGCAAGUCUAUCUUGGAGCUCCAUUAGUGGAACCUUCGAUAACCUAGCGAAGAUGCUGUUCUUCCUUUCCCUCUUCAUCUUCAUGUCCUUGGUUUGUAGGCCAAAUCUUUUCAAGAAGUCGAUGAAAAGAUUCAAUGUCGCAUGGUGGGCUUACUCGUUCCCCAUCACCUUUCUUGCUCUAGUCUCGGUUCAGUACGCGCAAGAGGUGAAAGACCAGGUUGCUUCUGGAUUGAUGCUUGUAUUCUCAUCCAUCUCAGUUUUGAUCUUCCUCGGUGUGAUGAUACUGACAGCAGCAAACAGCAAUAGACUACUCAGACCUGAUCCUGUCUUCGGUUCUGGUACUGGUCCAAAAGACCAGCUAAAAUCAUCUCCAUUUAAUGCGACUUUGUAA